AUGCAUGUUAUGCGUCUACUUCAGUUCCUGUUGUUUGUCACGAGUCGACUCAGAACACACCUGUGCCUGUUGUUUGUUACCUACCAGGUGGAAAUGUGCGAGAGAGGUGCAGCAGGAGAGGAGGGAGGUGCGGCUGGGGAGAGAAGAGAAGCAGAUGCUGAGCAAGGGAGGGAGAAGGAGCAGCAGGAGCAGCGGGAGGAGCAGGAAGAGGGUGCUGAAAAUGAGUCAGAUAUUGAUGGUUUUAAUGGGAGUAAGGAGGAGUCUUACCGUUACAAUCAUGGUGAUGCUGACGAGGCUGACGUGGAAGAUCAUGGUGAUGGUGAUGGUGAUGAUGAUGAUGAAGAGGAGGAGGAUGGAGAUGCAGACGAGGUGUUAACGGUUGACGAUGCAAUCGACUCCAUCGGCUUCGGCCCCUACCAGCUAUUCCUCGUGUGCUACACCGGCCUCGCCUGGCUUGCUGACGCCAUGGAGAUGAUUCUGCUCUCCUUCGUGGGACCAGCGGCACGGUGUGAGUUCGGUCUUUCAGGAGCAGAGGAGAGCCUUAUAGCGAGUGUGGUGUUUCUGGGUGUAUUUCUGGGCUCGUACGUGUGGGGCCUCGUGGCAGAUGCAUACGGGAGAAGGAGGGGGUUCAUGGCCACUGAUCUCUUCAAUUCAGUUACCUCAAUUCAACCGCCUCUUGUCUAUGUUCUUCCCUUCCAUCCAUCUGUUGUCCAUCUGUCCAUAUCAGGGGCUCGUACGUGUGGGGACUCGUGGCAGAUGCCUAUGGGAGAAGAAGAGGGUUCAUGGCCACUGCUCUCUUCACUCUCUUCGCUGGCUUGCUCAGUGCAUGGUCGCCCACCUUCCUCACGCUCCUCAUCUCUCGCUGCCUCGUGGGAUUCGGCAUUGGAGGGGCAUCAGUGGUCUUCUCCCUCUGCUCUGAGUUCCUCCCCUCCCACUCCCGGGGAUUCUGGCUCGUGUUUAUCGAGUUCUUCUGGACUGUAA